AUGGAUGACACAAUCAGUCAUCUCCUGGUGCUGGGAACGCCUCGCAACAUGAGGACCAUUAUUUUAGUGUCAUUCCUGGCUGCGUUGAGCGUGGCAGCUGCUGCUCCUGACGGUUGCUGUGGUGGAAGCCAUGGAGGCGGAGGCCACGGAGGUGGAGGAUAUGGAAGAGGAGCACUGGCGGAGGAGGAGGCAGAGGCUCAGGAAGGCUAUGGUUCCAGCGGAGGUGGCUCUCGAGGCGGCCAUGGCAGAUCCAGCGGUGCCAGUGUUGUCCGGGCACAGCUGGUUGGUGUUGGCAGCCUUCCCACAGGCGGGGGCAGCGGGCACGGGUCCAAUGCCAUUUCCACCGGUGGGGGAUACGGCGGUGGAAGUGGCUGGUAG